AUGUCACCAGAGAAACCUCAACGCGCGGCUACAACUAGUUCCUCAAACGAGAAGGUAGACCAAGAGCUCCUCGAGUCGUCUUCCAACUCCGCGUCCGAUGUCAAUCUCUACGCGCUGCACGAGCUGCAUGCAGGUCGCCUCAUCAUCGACCCGAAAGAAGCAAAAAUAGAGUUAGGCGAUGCUAUUGCGUCCCGCCUGAAGCUCACGUCCGACGGGACGAAGGUCCUCUGGCCUCAGCCCACCGACUCGGACAAGGACCCCCAGAACUGGAGCGAUCGGCGCAAGAAUUUCCAGCUCUUGAUCAUGACACUUGCCUCUAUCGUCCCUGACUUCGACUCCGGUAUUGGUAUCGCCGCUAUUUUUGCACUGGCGGAGGAAUACGACACCACUACCGGGGUGAUCAACAACCUCACUUCAAAGAGACGAUUGCAGGUUCUGACAUCUAGCGAGAUAGGUCCUGGGGGCAUCUGUGCUGUCAUGCUGAUCAGACGGCUUGGUCGAUUGCCUAUUUUGUUCUGGACACAAGUUCUUGCGCUUGCCUUUAUGGUAGGAUGCACGUUUGCACCGAACCUGAAGACGUUUGCUGCCAUGCGGUGCUUGACUGCUUUCUUCGGAACUGCACCUCAAGUUACAGGUCUCUACGUCGUCACGGAUUUGUACCCAUUCCACCUCCAAGCGCGGAAGCUCAACAUCUGGACCAUGGGCUUCAUCGUCUCUCCCUUCCUGUCUCCAUUCGCGUUCGGUUUCCUCGUCGCUCGUGCAGACUGGCGGUGGUCCUAUGGAAUCGGAACCCUAUACUCUGUGUUUGUAGUACUGCUCAUCAUGUUCUGCAUGGAGGAAACACUGUACGACCGGACUGUCCAGCCCAUUCCAGAGCCAGAAGACCCGAGCUUCCGCGUUAGGCUUGAGACACUCGUUGGUAUUACCGGAUGGAGGAUGCAGAAGUACCGUAUUUCGUGGAAGGAAUCGGUUUUGAGCCCUUUUAAGCUUAUAUGGAGGCCCCAUUUAUUGAUGUUGCUGAUCUACGAGGCCGCGCUCUUUGGUUUCGGUAUUGGUAUCAAUGUCACCAACGCCGUCUUCCUCGGCUUGCCAGUAGAGAUGGGUGGGUAUGCUUUCAGUCAGUACGCGAUUGCUGCGUCCUAUGCUACCCCAAUUGUAUCCGUAUUCCUUGGAGAAGUCAUUGGCCGCUACGCCAACGACUUCAUCAUGAAUGUCAGUGUGCGGCGGAACAAGGGUGUCUUCGAGGCGGAGAGUCGGCUCUGGGCCUGCUACAUCGCCAUGCCGCUUUAUGUAUGCGGUUUCCUCACACUCGGAGCGGCCUUCGAGAAGCACCUUAGCAUAGGCGCGUUGGUCAUGGGAUGGGGUAUCGCGGAAUUAUCGAUCAUGAUAGCCACAGUCGCUAUAAUUGCCUACUGCAACGACGCGUUCCCUAAGCAUCAGGGAGAAAUUAGCGCCUUGAUCAACCUCGCUCGUGUACUUGGAGGUUUCGGUGUUGCAUACUUCCAAGUCCCAUGGGCGCUCAAACACGGAGCCAUUCAGAUGUUUGGAUGUGAGGCGGCCAUUGUUGUUGGCCUUUUCUUCCUCGUGAUACCCUUCAUGCAGAUAAAAGGAAGAUAUUUACGAGAAAAAUACUCGGCCCAUUAG